CUGGACGAGCACGGCCUGCUGGACGGCCUGCCGGCGCUCAGUCCGUCGCGCACCUCGCCCCGCUCCUCCGGCUCGGGCGACAACGGCGAGCGCUACUCGCGCAAGGUGUUCGUCGGCGGCCUGCCGCCCGACAUCGACGAGGAGGAGAUCACGGCGUCUUUCCGGCGCUUCGGACCGCUGGUGGUCGACUGGCCGCACAAGGCCGAAUCAAAGUCGUACUUCCCGCCCAAGGGAUACGCCUUCCUCCUGUUCCAGGACGAGAGUUCGGUGCAGCAGCUGAUCGACACCUGCAUCCAGGACGACGACAAGCUUUACCUGUGCGUCUCGUCGCCGACCAUCAAGGACAAGCCGGUGCAGAUUCGGCCGUGGAAGCUCUCCGACGCCGACUUCGUGCUGGACGCGUCGCUGCCGCUCGACCCGCGCAAGACCGUGUUCGUCGGCGGCGUGCCGCGUCCGCUCAAGGCCGUUGAACUGGCCAUGAUCAUGGACCGCCUGUACGGUGGCGUCUGCUACGCCGGGAUCGACACGGACCCGGAGCUGAAGUAUCCGAAGGGCGCCGGCCGAGUGGCCUUCAGCAACCAGCAGAGCUACAUCGCGGCCAUCAGCGCCCGCUUCGUGCAGCUGCAGCACGGCGACAUCGACAAGCGGGUGGAGGUGAAGCCGUACGUGCUGGAUGACCAGAUGUGCGACGAGUGCCAGGGCACGCGCUGCAGCGGCAAGUUCGCCCCCUUUUUCUGCGCCAACGUCACCUGUCUGCAGUACUACUGCGAGCACUGCUGGGCCACCAUCCACUCGCGGCCGGGCCGCGAGUUCCACAAGCCGCUGGUGAAGGAGGGCGCCGACCGGCCGCGCGCCGUGCCGUACCGCUGGUGCUAGGCGGCCGGCUGGCGCCGCACCCAGGACACGCCUAGUCAGCUCCGCUCCUGCGCUCCCCGGCCGCAGCGCGGCGCUCCCUCUCGCCGGCGCGCUCCCGGCUAGUUAAUGUCCCGCUAGAUGUGGAUUUUCCAGGUGUGGUAGUGCCAUAGACUAGGCAUGCGCUGAUGGGGCAGGACAGAGCCUGCCGAGGGAGAGGGUGCCGGGGCGGCGGCGGGCAGGCUGGCGGCGGUCGACAUUUUAUAUACAUAUCUGUAUAAACUAUUACCGUAGCUGAUAGCCACCUCGUAAUUCGCCGAGCCUCUCUUGUAUUCCAGCUGAGAGUCGUUUGGAUACAUUUUUUACUUUUUCACAUUUUUGUAUCGUUGGCGUUUGCAAUUGUAAAUAGAUUUAUGUACAAACGGCAGAUAUUUAUAUAACAGUACGUGGACUGGAAAUCACAUAGUUCCUCUUUAUUUUUGGGGUUACAUUUUUGUACAUAUAGUAAUACCUCUUUGUAAUCCAGUGGAGCGCCCCGCCGCUGUCGCCUCAGUCUCAUGUGAUCCCUGUUAACCGGCGCCGCCAGCCUGUGUGUUUCUCUAUGUGGAGGGUGUUUUUAACACAGCCGACCGGCCGGCCCGCCGCCGCCCCAAGCGGUGGGGCUCGCGGGGGUCCGGCCUUCCGGCCGCACGCCGCGAGCCCUCCCGCACGUUUUCUAUGUAUCCUCGACACUUGAGUCAUUUCGGGGACUUUGACCCCGUUCGCUCCACUAUGGGCAUAUAUAUAAUACGAAAUACAUGUGAUAGUUGUAUUUAUCCCCCGAUUGUGAUUUAAGCUAAUUUAUGCAAUUAAUUUUCUAGUUCAUACAUUUAUGAUUUCAGAAUGUUAUCACUUAUUUAGCUGGCGACGAAUUAUAGCUUAGACUUAUCCAGCGUUUUACGUGUUUAGAUAACACUUCAUUAAUUCAUGUUAGCGUGGAUAUCUAUGACUGUUCGGGUGAUGACGCCGUUGAUAAAUUCGGGUGCGCGCGCGCGCCGCGUCGGUCCGGAGCUUUAGAGCAGCACGCUUAUCUUGACCCGUGUGUUGUCCGGUGUUUGUGAUAGUAGGCCGGGCCGGGUCGGCCUGCGGUCGCCCGCCCACUGAGCACUCGCGAGCCCUCCCUCCGAGCCACAGCCACCAGAUGCGGGUCACCAUGUCAAAGUGCGGCACGGCGGCGUCGCCGCGCGGUUCGGAAUCAAAAGCGGUGUCAGGAAUGGCCAGCGCGCGCGGGGCGGCAGCUGCGCCUGCGCCCCGCCGGCCGGCGCGGAUCGCACGCUGGGCGUGGGCGUGUAUCUUUCACGGUGUCGUACGGCAGGGGGUCCAGCUCCAUAAGGAUAGCAGCCUAACCCGAGCAUAAUCCGCUGGCGCCCGGCCGAUUCCCCGUCCUCAGCCGCCGUGGCGCGGCCGUCCCGCCCCCUUCCAGGCCGCGCGUGGCCCGCCGUCCAGACGACUGCGGUGCCGACUGAUGGAGGCGUCGCCGCGGGCUCCCUCGCGUCUCCCGCCAGCUUGAGCCGCCUCCGGGCCUCGCUGCUUUCGACCGCCGGCCCUAGCCCCUCCCACCCCACCCCUCCCGAUCGAGGACGGCUACCAGUGUCCUGGCUCCCCCGGUGUGGUUUAACGGGUCCUGGCUUGCAACUUACCCAUAGUUGAGCCUGAAAUGAUGGUAGUCGUCCGGCGGCAGCGGCGCCCCCCUGGCGGCCGCCGCGCGCGCUGCCCGUCGGCCCGGUUAGCGCAGUGCGGUCCGCCGCCGGACAUAGCGUAGUGUGUCUGUCUCAUUCGGUUCAGUUCGCUGCGGUUGCGCCAAUCGAUUGCAACUUGUGUGGUGUACAAACAUGUUCUGAAUGGUUUUGUACAAAAAUUAAAGUCAUUCAUUUAUUUUCCUAGUCCAUGUUUACCACUAGCUGAACGGUUUUAUAUUAUAAUUUAGAAAAUCGGAUGUGAUUUUAUAAUGCCUGAUCAUUAUUGGCGGCGCUGAGCCUGGUUUGACGUAGCGACUACGCUUCAGAAUGGUUUGCAUUUCGCUAGAAGUUACAGUUGUCCGCGAGUGCGUUGCGGUCGGCGGCGCUGGCGGCGGCGCACGCGGGCCCGCGCCUGGUACCGCUCGCGGUGGCGGCCGGCCACCCCGCGCCGCCGCCAGCGCGCCCCGCUUUGGCAGUACCUGGGUGUUGAGUUACUUCCCGCGCCGCCCUGCGGGGGGGCGAGGGGUGUCCGCCGGCGGCCGCGCGCCCCCGCAGGGCUCCCACUCUGCGUUUUCAGUCACCUAGAUGGUAAGUCGUUUUGUAUAGCAUUUUCUAAUUUUGUACCGGCGUGCGGCCGCCGGCGGCUCGUGACCUCGCGGUCCCGGGCGGCCGGUGGCUUUCAUUUAACCCAUUUGGGGGAGUUUUUACGGUUAUUUUGUUGUGUCAGACGUUUUUAUGUUUUAUAAAUAAUUACAGAAAAUCCAUAAAUAGUGUUGUGUUUUAUUUGUACUGCAGUUUUCUACAGAAGCUUGCCAUAGUUGACCCUGGUCGGGUGCUGAUUGACCAGGCGGCGUCCGGCGCCCAGCCACGUCUGUCCGAACCGUUUAUGAUCCACUCUGUAUUAACUUAUUGUAGCUAUUUAAAUAAACUGCGAUUCAGC